AUGCUGAUUGCAUCUGCCGUCUCUGCCGCCUCUGCCGCAUGGAGCGUGUCAAGGCGGCCUCGGGUGUCCGACGAAUCGCGGGUAGCGAAGAAGCGGAAGGUUUGCACCCUCAAGGACUUGCUUCGAGAACGUACUGAUUUGCAAGAUGUGUUGCGAACGCCCGAGCUCUUUCUCGUCAUCACACAAUUUCAAAACGGAUGUACACCAGACCUCCAACCGUUCGGGCAAUUCAGGGCCGGCUAUUCAGACAAGAUAUCGGUGCUUGUGCCUCAACUGGAUCACAUACAUCGAACGCUGACGCCAUGGUACUCCACCCACGGCAUUGUGCGGUUGAGCGGGAUGUUUCGAUGCCUGAAAUACAUGCAACCUAUUGUGGUGCUUGACGCUCUCGCCCAUGGCAAACUGGACGUCCUCCAUCACCUGCACACAAACUGGAGAUGGCAGCUGGAGUCGUCCAUUCGUAAUGAAGCCAACGACGUGAUCCCGAUUAUCAACAUAGCUGCAAUCCACGGUCAGGUGGCUGCCGUCCGAUUCCUCCACGACCGGUGCUACCGCCGAAGCACGCACUUCUCUAUGACAGGAGCUGCACGACACGGGCAUUUCGAGGUGGUGCUUUUCCUGCUUGAACAUGGAUAUCCUUGCACGGACGAAGCGAUGAACGUGUCUGCUCGGUACGGACACUUGGAUAUUGUGAAAGCUCUCCACAUGCACGGCAUUGCGGGUUGUACAACGGACGCGAUGGAUUGGGCUGCGGAAGGCGGUCAUUUGGAUGUGGUCCGAUUUCUGCACGAGAACCGACGAGAAGGCUGCACAUCCAACGCGAUGGACUGGGCGGCCGAGCACGGUCAUCUCGACAUUGUCAAGUUUCUGCACUUCCACCGCACUGAAGGCUGUACGCCGGAUGCGAUGGACCAUGCAGCGUCCGCGGGUCAUUUGGACGUUGUCCAGUUCCUCCACACGCAUCGAACAGAAGGCUGUACAACGGACGCAAUGAACUACGCUGCCCACGCCGGUCGCUUGCAAGUGGUUCAAUUUCUGCAUGCUCAUCGCCACGAAGGAUGCACGACCUCCGCCAUGGACGUCGCGGCUGGCGAUGGCCAUCUCGAUGUGGUGCAAUUCCUCCACUUCAAUCGGUCGGAAGGAUGCACAGAAGACGCGAUGGACACGGCUGCGUGGCACGGUCAUGCCCACGUGGUGGAGUUUCUCCAUGAGCACCGGACGGAGGGCGCGAGUCCGUUCGCAAUGGACAUGGCUGCUGCCAAGGGACACUUGGCCAUUAUAAAAUUUCUCCAUUCGCGACGUACUGAAGGUUUUUUGCACUCGAAUCGCACGGAGGGCUGUACCGCGUAUGCCCUGCAAAGCGCACGGAGCAGCGGCCACACGCGCAUUGUCCGAUUCCUCGAACGAAACGGAUAUAAGAACGAAAGGACGCUCGAGACGGCGCUCUCCGACACGAGGUUGCGAAACCACUUGGACGAGAUCGUCGGGCACAUAUUGAGUCAUUGA